ACUGAACCGUUUUCCUGCUCCUGGAAGCUGAACAGUAAAGGAACAGCAAGCAUGACGACGCUCCUUCGCAGAUUGCCGGGUCAGAUAAGUUCAUCGUGGCGGCGCAGGGCUGUAAUUCAGCGGGAAACGCACAACAACCGAACUUCCUUUCCGACCUCCCGGGACGGAGCGCGGCUACUGGCCGGCGGCGGCGGCUCUCUGACGGGAUACAGACGCGCACAGAGCCGCUGGCAACACACGGAGGCUGGAGGUCCGGUAGAGGUGGAUUUAAAGCGGUUAGAGGGGGAAGACGAUGGAAUUGUAGAGGUGUUGAUGUGCCGACACAAAGCAAGAAACGCUCUCGGCCAUGUGUUCGUGUCACAGAUGAGGGAGCUGGUGUCCACUCUGUCCAGUGACUCAGCGGUGCGUGUGGUUGUCUUCAGGAGUUUAGUACCGGGAGUUUUCUGUGCAGGUGCUGACUUGAAAGAAAGAGCUCUGAUGAACAACUCAGAGUCUGACCUGUUUGUUCACGGCCUGCGCUCCCUCAUGACUCAAAUAGCUUCUUUGCCCAUGCCGACCAUCGCGGCGAUGGACGGCGUCGCCCUGGGAGGCGGACUGGAGCUAGCGUUGGCCUGCGACCUUCGCACUGCCGCACAUUCGGCACAGAUGGGCCUUAUCGAGACGACGCGGGGGCUGCUCCCAGGGGCGGGGGGCAGUCAGCGGCUGCCGCGGAUGGUCGGCGUCACUCUGGCCAAAGAGCUCAUCUUCACAGGUAGGCGUUUGGGAGGGCAGACAGCGCUGGAGAUGGGGCUUGUAAACAGAGCUGUAGAGCAGAACCAGACAGGAGAUGCUGCCUACAGAGAAGCACUCAGCCUGGCCAGAGAGAUACUGCCCCAGGCUCCAAUUGCAGUGAGGAUGGCAAAAGAGGCGAUGAACAAAGGCGUCGAGGUUGACAUCACCUCUGCAAUGGCAAUAGAGAGGAUGUGUUACGCUCAGGUCAUCCCCACACGGGACCGACAGGAGGGGAUGGCAGCCUUCAUGGAGAAGAGAGCUCCGCGGUACACUGGGGAAUAAACUCUACUGAGCCACUGGAUCUGUCAGACUGGCCUGCCCACACAGAUGCGCGCUGCUCUCUGUAACCUCACGCCAAAUAAACAAUUAACACCCAUUGAUCGUCUGCGUGCGUCCCAGCCAGCGCCAAUAUGUUAGUUAAGGUCAGCGUGAGCGCUCAGCGGUGGCUGUUUGCUUUUGCGAAGAUCUGCACAACAAGAGCUGAUUUACAUUUGAUGCAACAGCAAAAAAAAAACAAGACAAUAAAGAGUGAUACUAGUUGUUUUGUUUGGAUUAUCAUCUAUGGAAUAAAAAGGCAACACGAGCAUCA